AUGGAUCAAGAUACCAGUGAUAACGGUGCGAAUCGCAUCACCUCCAGAGCCACACAACUCAGCUUGAACAGUGGAACUUCCGUAAGCGUCUACCCUUAUGAGGAUGUCACAGCCUUGCUGGAUAGCGCCACCAAAGACAUGAAAGUGGGCCAAUUGGUCCAGUUAGAGACGUUCAGCUUGUUUGAUGCCAUGUGCGCCAUCGUGAUCAUGGAUCCUAAAAUGGACACUGGAAUGAUUCUGGACGACUAUUCAACGCGCCCCCAGUACGGUGUCAACCGUCUUCUAAACCCAAAGGAAUUCAUCUGGAUCUUUGACAACAUUUUAAUUGGCAAGGCAUGUCAUGACGGAAAUCAAAGCUAUCUCUUUUCCUGUUAUAUCCUACGUCUCUUCGAGAUCGAUCUCGGAGAUGAGUCCUCUGGCAUCUCUAAGAGCGAUCAAGACAGGGGCGAUCAACCCCCAACACAAUUCGUGACGGCAGUUCUAAAGUCGUGCGUGCUGGCCGUUGCCAAGAGCUGUGGGCUGAUCUGGACGGAGAUGCGCAAGGGUCAAGUUUACGAGGAGGAAGACUUCAUGAGUAAUAAGUUCAACGUCUCACUUUAUGAAAACUAUCCUGUCGCCUCAUUGAUUGCUAUGCUGGAUCAAGCAGAGUACUGGAUGGAAACUUCAGGGAAGCAAUGGAUCGAGUUGCAUUAUGGAAACGAGGCCGUCGAUAUUACUAAGGCUGUCAUGGAGAGGAUAUAUUAUUCAAGGUCCUCUUUUAUGGCUUUGUAUCAAGUCAUGACUCCAAAAUGUUCGCAAGUCUCCGAGGCGGUCCCGCAACUCGAGGCGGUGCGCAAGAACGUUGAAGGGAUGAAGUCGACAUACAGUUUGGGUAUCCCUGUUGAAGGCGCAUUUGACCAUAAGGUUCAUCGCAAGCUGGUUACCAAUACACCUCCUCGGGCCAUCGCCCUUCUUACACUCGAAGAGACCUUUGAACAUUUGGAUCAGCUGUGCGCGGACCUCAUAUUUAUCGGCCAGGCAAUCCCAUUCCCCGAUGCCGCCAACUUAGUGAACUUUUUCAUCCAAUUCGCAGCCAAGAAGCCCGCACCCGGAGCUUUCCCGCGAUCUAUCCUCCAGACAGUCUUGUACGAAAACCAGAUUAUCAUGGGCACAUGCAAGGCGCAGGAUGUUAUCCGCGACAGCAUUCAGGAAACCGUUACGCCGGCGUCAUGGAUCUUUGGAUCCUUUGAUACUUUACAGGCCAAAUUGCAGGAAGAUUCAUCCAAGCUUGCCUCGGAAUCAGCAUCAGCAGUUUUGAGCUCGAUUUUGGAAGUGGAUGAGGACCCACUAGCGGUUCAGAAGCGGCAGAUCCAGGCAAAGACAGUCCUGUUUGUAGAAAAGGCGAUCAAACCUUUCGUGGACACGCUGCAGAUCGCAGGUCAGAAUGCUUCAAGACAACGCCGAAAUCUGAGAAAAAUGGUGCAGCUCUGGGAGGGUCUGCAGGAGGAGGCUGAAGCCUUGGACGAGGAGAUCCACCAGGUCAUGGAUGAAAUUCGCGCGCAGCAGCAGGACCAAAAUUGCAAAGAGGACAGCGAAGCCAUGCAGGAGACCUCGCUUCGACCAUUUUAUUUUGUUUCGUGGGCUUACCAUAUGAAGCUAUGGACUAUGGAAUGGCUGCUCUUGCUCGGUUUCGAGCUCGAGCUGUACUCUGCUUUCGAGUACUCUAUGAUCUAUGGAUAUAUCGAUUGUGUGUUAGGCGCUCAUGCCCAGCACCUGCGACGUAUUCAGAGCAUAGUUGAAUCAGAAGCCCAUAACAGCACAAAGAGCAGCUUGGGACAGAAAAAGAAGAAGAAGAAGAAGAAAAAGACCGCAGUCUCGGGAGCAGGCGUCAGCACGGAGGAUAAAAUUCCGAAUCAGUCCACAGCAUCAUCACCAGCUUCACCCUCAACGCAGCUAUCCCUCGGUAAUAAUUCCUCCGCCGCCGCCGCCGCCGCCGAACCUAGGCCAGAACAUGAAGGCAAACCGGAGCCCUCCGUUUCUGCAUCCACACCUGCAUCUGCGUCAUCGCUCACACACGCCAUCCGUUCUGCCCAGGAUCUGGUCACAAUCCGGCUCCAGAUUGCUCGCGCCGUAUUUUUGGUCCUGGCUGCACUAACAAAAGUCGGGCACCUCUCCACGACUCCGGCACACCUUGCAAGCCACGGCCUGAAUGACCUGGAAACAUUGCACAGGCAUCGAUUCAAGGCGUUCCAUCACCUGUCCUCACCCGAGACCAUGUCCUUUGAAGGAUUUUUGCAUCGUCUCGAAUGCGAGGGAUUGGACGCACAUCAGGUUUUGGAGUACGCAACGGAAUUUUUCAGUGAAGCCAAGGCUAACUUGGACCGUCUUCAAUCAUUAUCUGGCAAAGACGCGCGUGUCGAACUGUGCGAGGACAACUGGCGCAAGGACCUCAAAAAUAUGGCCAAGGUCUGCAUAGCAAGCAAGAUCGCGAUCGCCACCCUCCACAAGGAUCCGCGCGUGCUUGAACAGAAAGAGUUCAGCAUCGAGGCCCAGAAACGAGCCGCUACAAGUGCUGCUGCUGCUGCGUUUGCUGCCAAGCGGUCCAUGAAGGGCAGAGACAAAGACAAGACAGAUCCAACAGCAUCCAAUGCGCAGCCGUCCUACAAGGCACCCAUAAGGGCGCUGCAUUUUGAAUGGAAGUAUCAUUCCUGGUGGCCUGUCAUUAGUCUCCAAUAA